AAAUGCGCCAGGCAGGCGGGCGAGAUGCAAAAGUCUUGACGCGCCGGGGCUGGCAAAAUUGCGCGGCGUCGCGCAGCCUCACGGGCCUAUAAAAAGCUGCCUCCAGCGAAGCGUUUCAUUCAAGUGCUCUGCUCUAAGAGCAGCGGAUCUUUGCGAGCAGUUGCAGAGGCAGCGCGUCAACGUGCCCUUUUGCCAGCAGCUGGCUAGCUUUUCUUGCCACUUUGCGUGCCGUGCGGCAGAGAGCGUCGAGGGUCCGUGAUGAGGAGCUGCCAUCGAAUGGCGGCGGCGGUGCUGCUGACGCUGCUCUGCUCGUCGUGGGUGCUCGCGGCGGCGGCGGCGCAGAAGUACAAUGCCAUAUUCAACUUCGGCGACUCCAUCACGGACACCGGCAACCUGUGCACCAACGGCAAGCCGUCGCAGAUCACCUUCACCCAGCCGCCCUACGGCGAGACCUACUUCGGCACUCCGACCUGCCGUUGCUGCAACGGCCGCGUCAUCGUCGACUUCCUAAGCAGCAAGUUCGGACUGCCCUUCCUGCCUCCGUCCAAGUCGACCACCGCAGACUUCAAGAAGGGCGCGAACAUGGCGAUUACGGGCGCGACGGCCAUGGACGCCGACUUCUUCCGGUCGCUGGGGCUCUCCGACAAGAUCUGGAACAACGGGCCCAUCAGCUUCCAGCUGCAGUGGUUCCAGCAGAUCACCAGCUCCGUCUGCGGACAGAAGUGCAAGAGCUACCUGGCCAACUCCCUGUUCGUGUUCGGCGAGUUCGGCGGCAACGACUACAAUGCCAUGCUCUUCGGCAACUACAACGCCGAUCAGGCCAGCACCUACACGCCCACCAUCGUCAACACCAUCUCCAACGGCAUCGAGAAAUUGAUUGCGAUGGGGGCAACGGACAUCGUGGUGCCGGGCGUGCUGCCGAUCGGGUGCUUCCCCAUCUACCUGACCAUCUACGGCACCUCCAACAGCGGCGACUACGACAGCCUCGGCUGCCUCAAGAAGUUCAACGACCUGUCCACGAACCACAACAACCAGCUCCAGACCAAGAUCGCCAACCUCCAGGCCAAGUACAAGUCGGCGCGCAUCAUGUACGCCGACUUCUACUCCGGCGUCUACGACAUGGUCAAGAACCCCCAGAACUACGGUUUCAGCACGGCGUUCGAGGCGUGCUGCGGGUCCGGCGGCGGCAAGUACAACUACCAGAACAGCGCGCGGUGCGGCAUGGCGGGCGCCUCCGCGUGCUCCAACCCGGCGGCGUCGCUGAGCUGGGACGGCAUCCACCUCACCGAGGCCGCGUACAAGCAGAUCACCGACGGGUGGCUCAACGGGCCAUACUGCCGCCCGGCCAUCCUCCACAGCUAAGCAAAGGAGAUCGAUGAUCACAGGCCACACAUGGAGUUAAUUAACUAUUUUUUAUAAGUUGGGUGGGAGGUUAAUGAUCGAUGGAUCAAUGGUUAAAGGGGAUUAAUUGGUGGUGUUUACGUUGCCGAAGAAAGCAAUGACGGCAACAGCAUGUGGAAUGAUAUAUAUAAAUGUUCGUCUUUCGUCCUUGUUGUUA